AAAACCCGAGGCUAUGCCUCAGGAUGUGUACGACAAGUACAAGAUCUCGAGUCGAUAUCUCAAUGAUCAGGACAGACGCGACUUCUGGCAAAAGUUUGCCAAUUGGUGGCAAAAUGUCUUCGCACAAAUCGGAAACUUCUUUCAAAGGGUGGGAAAGUUUAUACAAAACUUAUUCUCUGGCAAUAAAAACAGAAACCGACAAACAGUGACCACUACUACCCCUCCGCCCCCCACACCGGCCCCUCAACUGCUAAACAAAGACAACGCGAAACUAGUGUGCGUUGAAUACGACGAGAACAGCGAUGGCGGCCGGACUACCAGGAUAUACGAACUCGACUUAACGCCUACCCAUAAAGCCAUCGCUGAUUUGUUGACAACACUGAGCGCAUCGGCGGCGCCGGUAACUAAUCCGACGACCACUACAGUGGGUGAAGACAAUCGUAUGGAUGUUACGAAGGGUGGCGUUGAACGACACGAUAGUACGCCCUUUGAGGCCGGUUUCGAUAAGGAGAAGCAGGAGAAGCACCAGUUGGUCCCGGGUAUCGACCAAAAGGCUAACCAAGGGGUGGCUAAGGAUCAUAGAAAUGAUGACACCGUUGUCAAGACUGAUUAACUAUCGAGCCUAUGGUAUUUGCCCGAAUUAUCUGACCAUGCUAAUUGAUAUUCAGCGCAAUAUAUUCUAAAUUAAAUUAAUAAAUGGAUUAUAUUUUCUAAUAAAACAAAAUAUCGAU